AUGACAGAAAGCCGCACAAAGGUGAAGAACACGCUGAAUGGCUCAUUGGUUUACUACUUUGAUGUAUGGGUGGGUGACCAAGUGGGACAAGAAGCAAAUCUAGGGAUGGAGUUCAUGGUACCGGCUGGAAUGCGCCUUGACAUGGCAGACGGAACAGUGUGCUUGCCGGACGAAGCCAGAAUUCAACUGGAAGGUGAGAGAUCACCAAAUGGGGCGAAGAUACGACAAAUUGCUGCGGAUGAGAAGAAUUUGGCGAUACCGGUGGGUGACUCAGUAGAGGUCAAUGUUGGUCGGGGACCACUGCAGUUGAAAUUGUAA